GUGUUGUUCUGUAGCUCAGCUGGAUGGGCGUGCGGGGUUGAGCGAUUGUUUUUAAUUGCGUCGUAUCUCUCGAACCGUGCAAUUUGAGUAGUUCGGUUGAAACGGCACCGUAUGUAGUAACAGUGUUUGUUUGUAAAGUGAAGUGAUGAUACACAGUUAGUAACUUGAUAUAAGCAUUAAUUUGUGAAUCUGCUUUUUAAAAUUUCAAGUGACUUAAUUUGUAAAUAUUUAUACUAGCCUACUUAAAAAUUAAACUUUUUGUUGACAUAUUUAUUUCUAGCCAAGUGGUUGUGAAUAAGAUUAGGAUAUAUUUUUUGUUCAAAAAAAUAAUGUAAAUAGUUUCAAGUGUCAAAUUUAGACAGUUUCAUAUUUCUCAAAAAUGACUCAAUCUCCAAGGGAUACUAUUAUCCACUUGAUUGCUGGGGGGGUGGCCGGUACGAUGGGAGCGAUAGUGACAUGUCCCCUGGAGGUGGUUAAGACCCGGCUCCAAUCCUCCUCCUCUGGGUUCCACGUCCACAAGGUGUGCCUGCCCAAAAUUGCCUCCCCUGAAGGCAACAACCACGUGACCUGUAAAACCAUAGUAUCGCAGCGUCGAAGGAUAAAUACUGUCACGUCCCGACAUGCCACACAGUUCUUGGCCAUCUCACAUUAUGACGGCGGCCUUCCACCUAACAAGUCCAUGGGACUUAUCCAGUACAUCAGGCACAUUGUACAACAUGAAGGACCCAGGGCUCUGUUCAAGGGUUUGGGACCAAACCUAGUAGGAGUGGCACCUUCCAGGGCCAUCUACUUCUGUGCAUACUCCCAGGCCAAGAGUUUUCUCAACUCUGUGCUAACUCCCGACACCGCCAUCGUUCACAUCCUCUCCGCCUCCUGUGCAGGCUUUGUAGCUUGCUCUGCGACCAACCCUAUCUGGUUCGUCAAGACUCGGUUGCAGCUCGACUUCACUAAGAGUGGACAACGGCUGACUGCAGCACAGUGUAUACGAAGGAUAUAUCGACAAUCGGGUAUCCUAGGGUUCUACAAGGGCAUAACCGCAUCCUACUAUGGCAUCUCGGAGACAGUGAUACACUUUGUGAUAUACGAAGCAUUGAAGGCCCAGCUGAUGUCAAGGCGGUCGCGCAGCAAUCUCAACGAGAACGAGAAGACCUCACAGGAUUUCCUCGAGUUCAUGAUGGCAGGAGCAGUGUCCAAGACUGUGGCAUCCUGUCUCAGCUAUCCACAUGAGGUGGCCAGAACAAGACUGAGGGAGGAGGGCAGUAAGUACAAGGGGUUCUGGCAGACAUUGGGAGUGGUUUACCGGGAGGAAGGCCACCGAGGACUUUACCGAGGUCUGGCGACACAGCUAGUCCGGCAGAUACCGAACACCGCCAUCAUGAUGGCCACCUACGAGGCGGUGGUCUACAUCCUCACCUCCUACUGUGAUACCAACUUUUACAUCGAGGAGGAGCUGGAGGAAUGAUUAAGAGAGUACGUUGAUCCAUACUAUGACUUGUUUCGCUGAUGGAUGCACAAAAUCCGAAACUUAUCUUCGCUAGACUAGCAAGUGAUUGUUAUUAAUUUAUGAUGUAACUGUAAUAUAUACUGUAGAGCCCCUCCGGGGCAGAGGCUGUAUGUGAUAUGUACUUACCUUAGUCGGGUCGUCGCGAUACAUCGGUAGUCAGGUUGUUAUUGUCACUGUUAGUACCUAACUUAACGUUAACUUGCAUCAUUAGGCUCAUUCCUACAGGUUGCGUGAUAACUGCUUUGAGCUGCGGUUGGAACUUCAUCAUUAGACUUUUCAUUUAGACGUUCUGCAACAGUGUAAAUGCCAUUAAGGAGUGCCAGAUAGCUCAAUAAGAAUCUUUGAUAUUAAUAAUCAUCAGUGAUUCAGUAGGUUUUGUAAGUAGCUUGAAUUGUACUCGUAGUUUUACAACGAAUCGAGGAUAAAUCGUGUUUCUAGAUUUUUAAAAUCUGUAACCGUAUUCAUACACUUAGACUUUUAGUGUUAAAAUUAGUAGAUUUACAAUGAUCAGAAAAAAAUAUUGCAUGCUUUAGCAGAGUAUUUAUGCUAGUCUGAGACUUGAAAUGCUGUAAUUAAAAUCUUUGCUGAAAAAUGUGCAGUUUUUUAUUUAUAUUCAAAAAGAAUAGACCAGAUAAAAGUAAAACACUAAACUCACUAGUUUAUGUUCAUACGUUAAAAGUUAUAUUUUGUGUUUAUUGAUUUAAAUCUUUAAUGGUGCUUUCUAGAAAAUGUGCACAAAGCGUUUCCAAAAAUUUUGUUAUAUAUAUAAAAGUUUUAAAAUUCUCUAAAAAACUCUGUAAUCUUUAAAAUUAUAUUUUAGUUGUAAUAAAACUUGAUUGCCACCAAAUUGCUUGGUUGUUACUUUAUAAUGUUGGAUGCAGAAAACUGUUGAAACCUGUUUGAUAUCUUGUUUGUUGAGUUUGCCUGUGCUCCAAGUAGCGAUGUCUCGGCCACACGUAUGUGGCCACCCUUUCCAUCUUCGUUCAUAAUAACAACUUUGGUUCUCAGUCAGGCUGCCCUCACAUACUGGUCCUGUAUCAUUACCCAAACAGGCACCAACAUGUAUAAGGUUCCUCGCUUCUUUUCAUCUCCACCUGCUGUCUCUUUCUUAUACUUGUGACAUUUGAAUUAGCACCGAUUGCAUUGAUACUGUAUGCAAUGAAUCGUAAUGAUUCCACCAGCUGUGUGUUUUAAUCUGCACAUGCAUGAAACUUUCCUAAACAAUAUGGCAGCCAAGCAACGAUCUGAUAAGAUCUGCUCUCAGCCAUGUCUGUCCACUUCUGUGUACACUCCACCGAGAGUUGCACGGAACUGCAGUUUCUAAGUAGUAUAGAGUCUUGUUAGUAACCAGACCGUACCGAUCAUGCACCUGUUCUCUCAAAGCUUUGCAUCCAGCGUUUAAAAACGUCUGCCAUUAAAACCAAGUAUAGAAAACUUAUGUUUGGUGCAAGCCGUAUCAACAGCUGUCACCAUUCCUUUUACUAGAUUUUUACUGGAUUUACCCCCUAAGUACAAUUUAUUUAAUAUUUUAUUAACUACCUUUAUUUAAAAUACCUUCUUUAUUCAGUUUUUCUUCUGAGUUUUUCAAGUGUUUGCAUAGGUUAUUAUUUUAUAGUCAAUUGAUUGUUUUCUAAAUCAAAAGUGUGUUUCAGUGGAAUUGAAAGAAAAUAUUGCUGUUGCAACCAAACUGUAGCAUUGAAUAACCAAUCUUUGUAAUUUUUUCUCACUUUUUACUGCGCCUUUUUGCAUCAUAAUCACUGUAUAAUUGUAGAACCAGGUGAGCAGAGCACUCUAAGUAAAAGUGCAAAGUUUUGUGUGUUGGUUGUUAUUAUACAGCUGCUUCAUUACAUCUCCGAAUAAUCAAAAAUAAGCUAGCCAUAUGUUAUCUACUUUUUUAUUUAUUUUUUGAUUAGGCUGUAAUUGACUGCCAUGUUAUGUAUUGUUUUGUUAAUUUAGUGUUAUACUCGUAAAACCAAUUGAUUAAAAUAUUUCGUCUCAUUGGUUGUUUGCCAUCAUUAUUGAAACUGUUUCCUUAGUUUAAGUAUACACAUAAUAGAAUUUGUAUGUUUUAAUUUCUACAUCUAUUUGACGUGAACAUUUAUUUGAUAACAAAAGGAACUUAGUGAUUAACCCUGGCAGAGCCAACCAGAAUACUGUAGUGUAGGGCAGGUGCUGGACGCUCUGGUGGGUCAAUCAUCUUUACUUUUUGACUUGUUUAUUGGCCAAAUUUGACUGUUUUCUAUAGGAGGAGCUAGUAGUAAAAAAGACUGCUUUAAAUAUGUAAUAAUGAUGUUAUAACAAGUUAUCAUGUAGUUAUAAAUAUGCAUAAGUUUAUACAUGUAUUUGUCCAUAUGAAUGUUAUUAAAGGUGUCUUUGUUGAAA